GCGUGCGUGCGUGCGUGCGUUUGAAUCAACAAGAAGGCGGUUCACGUGACUGCUUUGUUUACGUGGUGACGUGUCCCGGAACUACGUUCUAGCGUUUACCCACAGCAGUUGCGCCGUAACAGUAUAUACUUCUACUGACAGUAUAAUAAAUACUGGCGUUAGCAGUGUAUGACUAGUAGUUUAUUAAACCUAUAUGGACUGUGUCAUAUACGUCCUUUAGCUAACAUUAGCAUUUUCAAACAAAUGAGAAACAUGAGUUCUUGUGUGAACAUAGCCUAACGUUAGCUUAGCUAGUGUUAGCUGUCACAGCUUUGUGGCGACUGUGUGACACGCCAUCGUCUUCCUAAUCACCACCAGGGACACCCCGCUGCGGACAGGUCUUACAUGAGGUUCCUGUUUGAUCCCUGAAGCAAUGGCCAGUCCUAAUGAUCUACAAUUCCAAGAGUUCGAGGAAGCAGCAGAGCUGUUGUCUGCAGACCCGGGGGCCUCCACGCUCAGUAUGUCUGGAUCCAGCCCCAGCACUCCAGCAGGAGCAACAGUAGGAGGGGAGGAUGUGAAACUAGACCUCUCGGAGGAUGAGGAGGGCCGGGAGGAGAGUUCAGAGCUUUUAGGAGGACAGAAACCAAGUGGUGGCUUCUGGACCUUUGAGUACUAUCAGUCCUUCUUCAACGUGGACACAGUGCAGGUUCUGGACAGAGUUAAGGGCUCGGUGAUGCCGUUACCUGGAAGGAACUUUGUCAAACACCACCUUAGGAGUAACCCAGAUCUGUACGGUCCAUUCUGGAUCUGUGUGACUCUGGUGUUCUCGGUAGCAAUCAGUGGGAACCUGUCCACAUUCCUCAGCGAGCUGGGGAACCCGUCCUACCACUACAGACCCCAGUUCCACAGAGUGACCAUCGCUGCCGUAGUGAUCUUCAUGUACGCCUGGCUGGUGCCCAUCGGCGUCUGGGGUUUCCUGACCUGGCGGCAAGGGGCUGAGAGGCAGAUCGGAGGCUAUUCCUUCCUGGAGACGGUGUGUGUCUACGGCUACUCCCUCUCCAUCUACAUCCCCACCUCGGUCCUGUGGAUCAUUCCGUUUGAGUGGUUGCGCUGGACGCUGAUCCUGGUCGCCAUGGUGAUCUCCGGCUCGGUCCUGGUCCUCACCUUUUGGCCUGUUGUCCGGGAGGACACCAAGGUGGCGGCGGUGGCGACGGUUGUGACCAUCGUGGUUUUGCACACGCUGCUGGCUGUGGGCUGCAAGAUGUACUUCUUCCAGACAGCGCUCCACGUACCAACGGCCCCUACAACCCACCCCGUUUCCAUAGCGAUGGCCACCAAAGCCCACUGACCAAUAGAGAGGAGGAGAGAGGAAAGGAAGGAUGUCUCUGUUGUGUUAGGAAUCACGUGCAGAUAUUAAACCGUGUAGAGAAAGGCGGGUUCGGGCUAUGUUGAUUAUUGCCAUUGUGUCAUCUGUCCAAUGCUCUGUGAGAUGAAGUGCUGGGAUGUGUGUGUGUGUGUGUGUGUGUGUGUGUGUGUGUUGUUGUUUGUCUAAUAGCUCCCGAGGUGUUUCAGCACUUCCACUGCAAUAACUAAACAUUUCUACUGUGAUGUUUUGGGACGUGGUGCAUCUUACGAGUCUAGCAUGGCUUCCUUAACGCUGUGAUUCCCCGUGAAGAUACAAACAUGACUUUAAAAGAGACACACUCAUCACUUCUAAACUAAACACAAUCAUAAAACAAAUUGCUACUGAUCAUUCCUUCUUAUGAGAAAUCAGAUAUACAACACUAAGAGAAAUUUGCUGCACCAGGCUGUGGCAUCACGUCAGUACUUGUUGGAUAAAUUCAUUAUUUCUUUGCAACAAAAAGGUCUAAAGACGGUAAAACUAGGGAUUGUUUAAAGCUAAUGAUUAUUUCCUCCCAAUACGAUAUUAUCACGAUACUUAUGCCACGAUACGAUAUUGCAAUUUAAAAAAAAUAUUGCAAUAUUAUUUGAUAUAUAUAUUGCAAUUCAUAACCUGUUCUCCAACUUCUAAUUUUUCCCAAUUUCAAAUGAUGUCCCCAAAAGGAAAGUUUAUCAAGAUCUGUUUUAGCUAAAAUGAUAAAUUUCUCUGUUUGCUCAUAUCACUUCAAUUUUUGUUAAGCAGACAAACUGACCAACACAUAUAUAUCAUAAAAGAUCCAUACUUGGCGCCUGUGCAUCAAUACAGUAUUGCCACUGAAAAUAUUGUGAUACUAUGCUGUAUUGAUAUUUUUCCCCACCCCUAAACAGCAUGUUAGCGUUGUUAUUUUUCAUUUUUUGUAUGCUUAGUAACAUUGCUGAGUUGCUCUAAGUCUCGGUGUUUUGAUAACUGACGUGUCGAUAUGUUUUCUGCUUAUUAAUCAAUACUAUAGGGAGGAAGCCAUUCCGUAUGGUAGUGCAGCGUUAUGAAUGUGUUUCAGUCAUAGACUGGACGACGGGCCCCUGCUGAUGCACCACACCACUCCUACCUGUCAGAAACUCAGAAGGACUCCAGGAGGAGGGCUGGGCCAUAUGGAGAAAAUCAGACAUCGCGAUAUUCUUAUCCCAAUACAUCAAUGUCGAUACUGUGGCAAUAUUACAAGCGUCGACAAUUGGUGCUUUAACAGAAUAUCUUCACAAUGAGAUUUAAGAUAGAUCCUCUUCAGUAAUGUAGAUAUAAUGACAAAAUAAUAGAAGAGCUGGUAUCAUUUAAAAUGACAUCACUUUACUGCAAUGCAGCCUUUACAACCAGGAAAAGACACUUGAGCCAUUUACGAUAUCCAAAAUGUAAGACGAUAUCUAGUCUCAUAUCACCAUGUCGAUAUAUCGAUAUAUCGCCCAGCCCUAUCAAGGAGUUAUUGUAAAUUGAGAAAUGGGUUUAUGUCUGAACUAUUUAUUCCCUUACUGUAAUGCUGUUUAGGGAUUUUUGUGAAUAAAGUUAAGAGCGCUUCA